UAUUGGAGAGAGACCCGAUCACCCGAUGAUACGUAGUAUAUACGCACCAUCACCAUCGUGCGCCAACUUACAUGUACUUACACCACGAGACCGUUGAUUCUGGACUUUCUGGAGCCCCGGCAUUUAUACAUCGAGACGCACGUGUAGAGUUGUAAAAGUGCACCUAUAAGUACUUACGUAUGCGAGCAAACGCGUAAAGCAAAAAAGGAUUGGUCGGUGUGCGCGAGUCGCGACAAAUAUAUGUGCAAUUAAAAAUCGUUUAUCGCCUUCGGACCAAAAAGUGUACGUAUACGUACGUUGAGAAAAGGAAGCUGUGCUCCGCUUCGGCACUGUCCUCUUGCAGUGCAACCUUUCCCGGUUUACUCGUCGUCGACUCGCGUGUUUAAAGUUCCUGAGGAGAGGCAUGGCGAGCGACGUACGAGGCAUCGUGCUCUCUGGCACCGAGUUGGCCAAAGAAAUUCGCGAGUCCCUGGGCAAGGAUGUGGCGUCAAUGAGGGCAAAACUGCCAAACUUCUCGCCGGGACUGGCAAUAGUGCAGGUCGGAGGCCGGGAGGACUCGAAUGUGUACAUCCGCAUGAAGAUCAAGGCAGCGAGUGAGAUCGGGAUAAACGCGACCCACGUCAAGUUGCCCAACACGACGACCGAGUACGAGCUCCUCUCGAGGCUCGCCAAGCUCAACAACGACCCCGACACCCACGGCAUCAUCGUCCAGAUGCCGCUCGACACGGCUACCAAGAUCGACUCCGACCUCGUCACCGACGCCGUCUCUCCGGACAAGGACGUCGACGGAUUACACACGAUCAACGAGGGCCGGGCUUCCAUCGGCAAUAUGUCCGGAUUUUUGCCGUGCACGCCCAACGGUUGCAUCGAGCUCAUAAAAAGGAGCGGAGUGUCCAUGUCGGGCGCUCGCGCCGUAGUGCUGGGCAGAAGUAAAAUCGUCGGCACGCCCAUGGCGAGUCUUUUAAAAUGGCACAACGCCACCGUCACAAUCUGCCACUCCAGAACGAAAGACAUCGCCUCGGAGGUCGCCAAAGCCGAUAUUCUGGUCGUCGCCAUCGGGCAGCCAGAGUUCGUCAAGGGCUCAUGGAUCAAACCCGGCGCCGUCGUCAUUGACUGCGGCAUCAAUUCAAUCAGCGAUCCGACAAAAAAGUCGGGCCAGCGUCUGGUGGGCGACGUCGAGUACGAGGAGGCCGCGAAAGUAGCCUCGUACAUAACUCCGGUGCCGGGUGGCGUGGGCCCCAUGACAGUGGCCAUGCUGAUGAAGAACACCGUACUGUCGGCGCAGCGCGUCGCCGAGCGCGUCCUCGAGAUCCAGUGGAAGCUCCGCCCGCUGCGGCUGAAGCUCGAGAAGCCAGUGCCGAGCGACAUUGCGAUCUCGCGCGCCCACGAGCCCAAGCCGAUCGACGUCCUCGCCCGGGAGAUCGGCGUCAUGCCCAACGAGCUCAGCCUCUACGGCAGCAAAAAGGCCAAAGUCGGCCUUGGCGUGCUCAAACGCCUGCAGCACCAGAGUAACGGCAAGUACUUGGUCGUCGCCGGUAUCACCCCGACGCCGUUCGGCGAGGGCAAGAGCACUACCACCCUCGGCCUCGUCCAGGCCCUCACCGCCCACCGCGGCAGAAACUCGUUUGCUACCCUCAGGCAGCCCAGCCAGGGCCCGACCUUUGGAGUCAAGGGAGGAGCGGCUGGCGGUGGCUACUCUCAGGUCAUUCCCAUGGAGGAGUUCAAUCUGCAUCUGACGGGUGACAUUCACGCGGUGUCGGCCGCCAACAACCUGUUGGCAGCGCAGAUAGACGCGCGAUACUUUCACGAGGAGACGCAGCAGGACAAGGCGUUGUACGACAGGCUCGUGCCGACGGUCAAGGGCGUGAGGGCCUUCUCCAAGAUCCAGCUGAGAAGAUUGGCCAGGCUCGGCAUCGACAAGACCGAUCCCAACUCCUUGACCCCGGAGGAGCAGAGAAGGUUCGCGAGACUCGACAUCGAUCCCACCAACAUCCCCUUCACCAGAGUCGUGGACCUGAACGACCGGUACCUGCGCAAGAUCACGAUUGGCCAGGGUCCCGCGGAAAAGGGCAAGACGCGCGAGACGUCCUUCAAAAUUUCCGUCGGCUCGGAAGUCAUGGCCAUCCUCGCCCUGGCCACGAGUGUCGAGGACAUGAAGACCCGGCUCGCCAACAUGGUCGUCGCGUUCAACAAGCGAGGAGAGCCACUCACGGCGGACGAUUUUGGUGUGACGGGCGCGAUGGCGAUAUUGUUGAAGGACGCGAUAGAACCGACGCUCAUGCAGAGCGUCGAGGGAACCCCGGUACUGGUGCACGCGGGUCCUUUCGCCAACAUCGCUCACGGCUGCUCGUCCAUACUCGCCGACGCGAUAGCUCUCAAGCUCGUCGGACCGGACGGUCUGGUCGUCACGGAGGCCGGCUUCGGCUCGGAUAUCGGUAUGGAGAAGUUCUUCGACAUAAAGUGCCGCACGUCCGGCCACGUGCCCAACGCCGUCGUGCUCGUCGCGACGAUCCGAGCGCUUAAGAUGCACGGCGGUGGACAGCCGGUGACUCCUGGUGCCCCGCUCAACCGGGAGUACGUCGAGGAGAAUCUCGAUCUGGUGAGAAAGGGCUUGCCUAACUUGAUCAAGCACAUCAGCAAUGGGGUCAAGUUCGGGGUGCCGGUCGUCGUUGCGAUAAACGCUCAUCAGAGCGACACGCCAGCGGAACUGCAGAUCGUCAAGGAGGCGGCGCUUGCGAACGGCGCCGACGCCGCGGUCGUUUGUACGCACUGGGCCGAGGGUGGUCAGGGAGCGUUGGAGCUCGCCGAUGCCGUUCUGGCUGCCACCUCCAAGCCAAGUGACUUCAAGUUCCUUUACGAGCUAGACCUCGGUAUCGAGGAUAAGAUCGAGAAGAUCGCCAAAGAGAUGUACGGAGCCGGGGAAAUCGUGCUGGCCGAAAAGGUCAAAGAGAAAAUCAAAGAGUACAACAGACUUGGCUACGACAAACUUCCGCUCUGCAUGGCCAAGACGUCCAACUCGUUGACGGGAGAUGCCAACGUCAAGGGAGCGCCAACAGGAUUCAAACUUGAUAUCACGGAUAUAUUUGUGUCGGUGGGCGCUGGAUUCGUCGUACCGAUGGUCGGAGAGAUUAUGAUGAUGCCUGGACUGCCAACGAGGCCAAGUAUUUUCGACAUGGAUUGGAAUAGCGAAACCGAUGAAAUCGAAGGACUGUUUUAAUGAAAAAGAACUGAGUUUUUUUUUUAAUUGUUACAAAAGAACAAGCUACGUGUGUAUUUACAUUCCUUGUUACAUCAUUUUUCUACAAUGUAAAAUUUUAUCAUACAUAAA